AUGCCCCCAAAUGUCCUCAAGGGGCCCUCCCUCCGCCUCAGCGCCGGCCUCCCAGCGCCAUCUUGGCCGCGCGUGACGUCGCCGCCGCCGGGCCUCAGGCGCCCUCCUCCUCCUCUCCCUCCUCAGCCCUCCGCACCCCUGACCCCAAAGAAUGGCCGCCCUCGCCGCCUCGGGAGCGCCUUCUUCUUCGCCUCAGCCCUUGCCUCUCCCCGCGGAGGCGAAGAAGAAGGGGCGCCUCUUGACCCCGCUUCCCAGCCCCAGAGGAGGCCUCCCUCCCUCCCUCCCUCCUCCAAUGUUUCAACGCUUCAACACGGGGCCUUUGGACCAGGGCUCAGUGGAUCGACGUCGAAGCGAAACGAACGCGCGUCGAGAGCAGCCCGCAAGCGAAGUCGUGGCGCGAACGAGGCUGGCGCGCAAAGAAAGUGCGCUCGCUCUGAGCUCCCGAAAGUCCAAAGAGGCGCCUUAAUGCCUCUCAGCCAGCGUUUUCAGGGCGGGUUUGGUCGUGGGGAAGCGAUCUGCCUGUAUUCAGGGGAGAACCCCCCGAUUAACACCGACAACAUCUUCCUUGUCCCUUUGAAAGGGAGGGAGGGUCGUCCGGAAGGGGCCUCGAUCGGCAAGGAAGAAAGACCAUCUUUCUCCUGGAGAGGAACCCAAAGUGGCUCGCAGAUAAUAAAAUCAUUGAAAAACACGGGAACUGGUACUCAGAGCGGCUUCACAACAUUAAAGGAACAAUACAAUUAACACUAUUAAUAAUGUUUAAUCUCAGGAUUGGGUCUUUUUUGGAGGGAGAAAGGCAGCAUGGAAGUGAAAUAAAUAAAUUCAACCAAAGACUUGACAAUGAAAACAAAAUUAAAAUCUUGCUAAAACCAUAUCAAACUGUAUUAAAAAUACAGAAGUUUAAAACGCACACACACAAAACCAACCGUUUUCAAACACCUGAAGACCCAACACUUGUUUUGUAUGGCAUGAAUCGCAGCAAAGUAGGACCUCCGUUGGCAGAAUCAUAUACACUCGUCCCUCCACAUUUGUGGAUUUGAUUAUUCAUGGAUUUUAUUGAUAUGUUUGUUCUCUCUAGGACUCUCUAGGUCCU